GACAACAGUGACGGCGAGUGCGCGAGAGGAUAGCCCGCGACGGCCAUGGAUGAACUUGAGUCCGACAUUGAGCAGUGGCUUAAAAGUCUUCCACAUCAAGACCUGAACCGCAGCAGUGGGUCACAACGACAACCGGGACAACAACUUUCAUCAUCGAAGCGCCCCCUCGGCCUCAUGUCGCCGCCCACGUCGCAGCCCACGUCGCGGGGCUCGUCUCCGUCCAAGAGACCCCGACCAUCAAACGACACACCCGAAGAAGCGACUCCGCGCCCGACACGCUCUCACCGACUCGCCAUCAAUCAUAGUCGUGCCUCCUCGAUGUCCGCUCGAUCCGAGUCGUCUGCCUCGAGCUCUCCGAGCAAACAGCUCGCCCAGCUGCGCAUCAUCCCUGCAGAGCUGGGCGGUGCAGAGGUCUGCGACAUCGAUGUUGAAGAUGAGCGACUGCCUGACGCCCUUGCGGAUCUCAUCCUUGCCCUUCAAGCGAAGUCACCGUUGGUGAGUCCCUCAGCGCGCAACGACAUCCAGGCACACUACGAAGGCACACGAGCCACCCGGCAGUGGCGCGACCCAGCGCUUUACGGCUCAGAACGAAGCGCCAUCGGCCCGACGCCACAGCCAGACUUUGUCGAUCACAUUGUCCGCCAGGCGCGGGAGUGCAGCGAGGGCAUGUUCGACGAGCAAGCAUGGGCAUCCAUGGUCUAUUACCCGCUCCUAUACAAGGCAGUCUCGGCCAUCCAACCAGGCAGGUGGAUGGAUACAACAAGUCCGACCGCGGACGAGCUGGCGGACCUUCUCGUUGUCCCGUGUUCAACAGCCUCCAUCGUCCCUCAGUGCCGCAAGCCUGGGACGCCCUUUAAAAAGGUGGACUUCGCCAUUGCAUACCGUCCACAGGACAAGCACAGAGACAGCGAGACUCCAGCGGAGUCAUCGCGUUAUGAGCAGCUUAAGAGGUUUAUGUUAGCUUCCGCAUCUCCGGAACUGAGUCUGAAUCAUACCAGCUAUCCGGGACUUCGUGAUAAGCCUAUUGUCUUGUCUGUUGAGGUCAAGCGCACAGGCGAUGGCGCCGAUGCCGCCAAGCUGCAGCUUCUCACUUGGCUCAGUGCGCAGUGGCUCAAAAUUGACGAGCUCUGUGCACUGGCUUCCUCGCCUGGGAUGCAAAAACCUGCAUACCUGCUCGCACUACUGAUACAAGGUCAUGACUGGAACUUAGUAGCGUGUUCGAGAUGUGCCGUUACGCAGAAAGUGGUGAGGUUGAUUGACAAAUCAGUUUCCGUUAUCUGAUACAGGGCUAACUGCGAACCUCUAGAUAUUGUGGCACAAGCAAUCAU